UAUUCUUAAAUAAGAUUGAUCAUGGCUUUGGCGACAAUUACGAUAUGAUUCGUAUUAAACGAAAUCACUAAUUAGGGCUUUUCUUAGCAUUUUAUAUAUUUGCGAUGAGGUUAAGGUUAUACGUUUCUUGUACGUAAUGGUGAACAAUAACUACAUAUGUAAAGUAAUGGUAGCAGUAUUGCUAACGUGUCCGACUGCGUAUAGCCAACGUCAUCUAGAUCUGAGUCACACUUCGAGAAAAAUUAUCAAUUAUAUGAGUUCAAAUGCAAUUAACCUCGCCUCCAAUCAUUUUGAAUUUGUGUGCUGUAGCAUUUGCAUGCUUAAAUUACUUGAGUAUACAAAACGCAUUUGUUCUCGAAAUAAAUGUCUAUGUAAAUCCAAAAAAUACUGUACAGAGUGUACGAAAAGAAAGAUAAACUGUGAAACCAUGACGUCCCAAAACCUUAUUGCCUCGGCGGGCGCCUUGCAUAUGAAGCAAGUCAGCAUUACGACAUCUGACAAUCCAGUUUGUCGAGUUGUCGCGAGUCAGAAUCAGAUAAUUGUAUCAUAUUAGAGUCUAAUAUAGCCGUAUUAUAGUGAUCACAAUUAUAACUGUUCAAUUAUAUAACAACUAAAAUUGGUUGAUGAAUAUGGUCCUUAAAUACACUAAAAAGUUACUGUUGCAGCUUCAGCUGUAGGCAAAAUGAGUCUGCUUAGCGCAUUGUUCGGCUCAUCAAAGCCAAAGAAAGACCAACGAUCCCCAUCGGUAUCAUCACUUCCACAGGAAACGACGCCGGCGAAACCGGAACCAGACUUUGUUGUUCUUCAAGAUUCUGACUUCAGAGGAGGCACAUCACCUCAGGGAACUCUGUAUCCUAAUGUCGGUGGCUUGCACAUUUCGCAUCACCCUGACGCCGGCGGCUCAUCUUCGCUUCCCGUAACAAGCCCAGUUGAUACACUAGCACGACAAAGUUCUAUCGAUAAGGUGCCCUUUAAGCUGGAUAGCAAAUUAACAUCUGGAAAGGGCAUAGGAGACCACACGUGGAAAUCAAUGACGCGCUCGUUAAAUGAGAUUGGUAGCCGGAUCGAGGAUUACUCCUAUGAUUUCAAACUUGAGCGCACCAUUCUCAACGAGUAAACUGUUGAAUGACUAGUGACAAAGUACCUGGACCUGAAAAUAAUGAUGGAAAACUGCUUUAUAUGUUACAUUACGCCUACGGGCAGAGUAUAUUUGUCCUGGCACAGACCUUCGACAAUAAUCUAAAUGAAUUAGAUGAAAACAACGGAUAUCUGUUUAUGGAUUUGGUGGAUCUAUAUAAAUUAUGCUUAUCGAUUUCUUAUGUCGUCCCAGUAUCGUUGCUUUGAUGAAAUUAUUUUACACUGCUCUAAGAUAUACUUACUUAGCUGCUAAGAAUGUUGUUAAAUUCACUUCGCGUUAAUCGCAUUGUGAAAUCAGGUGAACAUAAAGACGAUUAUUACUGUUGGUGUUUGUAAGAAUGUAUUUGUGUAUACGGUCGAGUGUAUCACUUGAGCUACUGAAUAAUCAAUAAACGGACAACCUUUGAAGUAUUGAAA